GUGGGGUAGUCCACUGUGACUUUAUUUUUCACCAGAGAGAGCAGGAGGACAGCAGGAGGGAGAGAAGCACUUGACUUUGCUUUCCGUGCUGUCUGCGGCUGACACUGUGACAAAUGACAUGCUUUCAGAGAAAAUUAGCUGAAUUCCGGUGAGAUCUGCGCACAUGGAUGAAGGUAAAGCCUUUUCGUUAUGGCAAGACAUGACACCCCAAAUCCAUCUGUGACUGCCACUUGAGCAUUUGUCAUUUUUAUUAAGCUUUUCCAGACUAAAUAUGGCAAACUGUGGCAGUGUUACUCUUCCAGCAUAAGACGUUCUGCCAAGCAACCCUGGCCACAUGAUCACUGGAGUGCUGGCAAGAGCCACUGUACCUACAAAUUAACUGGAAGAGCAGUUUAUGCAGCUGUAAAAGCUUUUAUCCUCUGCGCUGGGAGGAGCGGAAGACGGCAGAGGGUUGGAGCUGAAGUAAUUAAAGAACAGAUGUGGCAUGAGUGUCAUCAAUUUGCCAGACACUUUACAUCUUAAUGCAACCAGCAGAUUACAAUGUUUCCUGCAGAGAACAUGAGUGUUUAUUCUGCAGCAGGUCUUUGUCCAAACUGCAGCUCCUCCGCCCACCCAGAGGUGGAUGUAGCCAAGGCAGUCGUCCUGGGGAUGGUGCUGGUGGUCUUUGUAGUGUUUGGGGUCCUCGGAAACAUCUUGGUCAUCCUGUCUGUGCUGUUCCACCACCACUGGCGCUCUGUGACACAUUACUUCAUUGCCAACCUGGCAGCAGCAGACCUGCUGCUCAGCUCUGCUGUCCUGCCCUUCUCCGCCACCUCAGAGGCUCUCGGCAGGUGGGUGUUUGGCCGGUCCUUCUGCAGCGUAUGGGCCGCCCUGGAUGUCCUCUGCUGCACUGCCUCUAUCCUCAGCCUGUGUGUGAUUUCUAUUGACCGCUACCUGGCUGUCAGCUACCCCCUGCGUUACCCCGCUAUAGCUACCGGACGGCGAGGCCUGACCGCGGUGGCUGCUCUCUGGGGACUCUCAGCAGCUAUAUCUGUUGGCCCUCUAUUCGGCUGGAAAGAGCCCGACCCAGAGGACGAGACAGUGUGCCGAAUUACAGAGGAGCCUGGCUACGCCUUGUUCUCAGCCUUAGGAUCUUUCUAUAUACCACUGGUCAUCAUCCUGGCCAUGUACUGUCGUGUAUAUACCGUGGCGAAGAGAGAGACCAAAACCCUGAGGAAAGGGAGGAAAGGAAAGGGGGUAGAGAUGGAGGGGGUGAUGCUGAGGAUACACAGAGGGAACGCUGCUCAGAUAGGGAAGCAGGAGGGUGACGAGGGGACCGCAAUGCAUAAACGCUCCUCCUUUUCCCUACCAAGGCUGCUGAAGUUCUCAAGAGAAGAAAAAGCAGCCAAGACUCUUGGCAUUGUCGUUGGAUGCUUUAUUAUGUGCUGGCUACCUUUUUUCCUGGUUUUGCCCAUCGGUAGGUACCUUCUUACCUCCUCUGCACUGAAGCUGACAAAGCCUCACUUUGUAACACUCGUGUUCUUCUUUAGGUUCAAGGCACACACCUAAGCAUCUGCUAUUCUCAAAGAGAAAUUCAUCUUUUGUUGCAUACUGAAGGACAUUUACUGCUGUUUUAGCUACUAAAAAUGUUCCAUAUAGCAUCAAAAAGUUGGAGAGCAGAAAAUAGUUAUUUAUCAAUAUAUACACAAGAGAAAACAUGGUAUUUUGAAAUGAAAAAAAUACACAAAUAUUUAUAUAAUAUUAUCACGGCAUUUUCAACCUCACUGAAGGUUAAAAAUGCAGAUGAGUUGAAAUUGUCUUUGUAAAACAAGUUUUGUAUGGAUGUACCUGUGUCAGAUGGCUGGGUGGUGAAAACACAAAGAAAGAGCCUUGAAAAUGUUCAACAGUCUGUGUUCUUUUUCUUUGCUGCUAAAGGUUUUAGUACAACAAAGAAAAAAGAAAUCAGACUAAAGAUAAAAUAAUCGAACUGGAGAAAACUUCAUUACAGCAGUGGUUAUGCUAAAUGGGGAUGCACACCAUUUAGUAUUUGGGUACAGCCACUGCAGCAUGCGGCUUCAUAACCCCUCCCACUUCAAUAAAUAACACUUUAGCAGUAUCCACCUAUUACCCAGAAGAUAGUUAACCCUAGAAUAGACUAGUAAAUGUAGCAAUAGAAUGAAACCUACUCCUAUAUGCCACACUUGUAACGUUGGUUUAAGGCAGGUUUAAAGAAGAGGAAAAAUAUAGUAUAACUUGUUUUGGAGAAUCUAAAGUCUGCUUAUCAUUAAUUAUUUUUGGAAUUAAUUUGCUUGUAAUAGAGUUACACCUCAGUUCCCUUAGUCUGACAGUAAGUGCAUUACUUUUUUUUUUUUUUUUGAUUGGCAGUUUCUUGGAAUAUUUUGAUUGCAAAGAUAAUGAAAAACUUGACAUUUCCAAGCAGGAGACUUAAUGUGAUUCAAACAAUGUUGAUUUUUUUUUUCCUUUUAGAAGACUAUAACUGUAAUUUUAGCAUUUUCACAGAAGCCCCAUUGAAUGGAAAAGAUCUG